AUGAGAGACUUUCCAUCUUGCUUUGGGGAGAAUGGAGUUCAAGUUGCUGAUCCAUCUUGUUCGAGUGUAAAUGUAAGUAAAGCCUCUCAGAAAACUGUGACCUGCAUUUAUAGAUGUGAACUGUUUGAAAAACCUUGCUUGAUUAGCCUUGUGUGGAGCAAGGGUUUGUUGGCCCAAUGCCUUAAUGUCGAAAUAGAUGAUGAUUCUCAUAAGUUCAUCAGCAAAUUCGACGUGAGGCCCUCUUUAUUCUCCAAGAGGAAAGGUUCAAAGUCUUUACAGCUGAAUUCUGGUAAAGUCGAGAUCUUUUGGGACCUCUCGGUGGCGAAAUUUGGAUCCGGGCCGGAGCCCGUAAGUUCGUAUUACCUAGGGAUAGUGUGUAUGGGUGAGAUGGUUUUACUAGUUGGGGAUUUAAUUGAUGAGGCAUUUAAGAAAAUGGGCUCCACCGCUCGGCUCUCGGGCUCCAUCUUUGUUUCGAAGAGGGAGCACGUCUGUGGAAAGUCGAUUUUCUGCACAAAGGCUCAAUUUUGCGACAACGGGAAGAUUCACGACUUGAAAAUCGAAUGCAAUACAAAUUAUGGGGAUGACCCGUUUCUUGUGGUUCGAAUAGACUCAAAAACGGUUUUGCAAGUCAAGCAUUUGAAGUGGAAAUUUCGUGGGAAUUUGACGAUCGUGGUUGACGGGAUGCCGGUGGAGGUAUUUUGGGACGUGCACAAUUGGCUGUUUAGUCCAAGUUCAGGGAAAGCGGUUUUCUUGUUCCAGACGAGUUUACCCGCAGAAAAAAUGUGGGCAGGUACUUGGUCUUGUGACUCGUUGUUUGUGUGCUCGGAGGAAUUCAGGGGUGCUAAAUUGCCAACUCAUGGAUUUUCCUUGUUUUUGUAUGCUUGGAAGAAUGAAUAG